AUGAGGACAGCAGUGUUUCUGGCAGCCGCCUGCCUGCUGACGCUGGGUGACAGGUGUCUGGGGGCCAGGAUCCUGGCAGUGGUGCCGACCCCAUCCAUCAGCCACCAGUUGCCAUUGAGGACUGUACUGCUGGAACUGGCCAGGCGCGGCCACCAGGUCACGUUCAUCACCACCCAUCCCAUUCAGGAUGUGAGGGACUUCCUAGGCGGCGCCAGGGACGGCGUGGUUUACUUCAGCCUGGGCUCCAACGUGAGGAGCAGCGCCAUUCCUCCAGAGACAGUCCGCGCCUUCCUGGACGCUUUCGCUGGAAUCCCGCAGCGCGUGCUCUGGAAAUGGGAAGCUGAUCGACUGCCGAGUCAACCGAGCAACGUGAUGACCGCCAAGUGGCUACCGCAGCAGGACGUGCUGGGUGAGUGUGCGGGAGGACUACAGAGUUGGAACGAGGCAGCUUAUUUCUCUGUGCCCGUCAUUGGGAUUCCUUUCCUAGGAGACCAGGUUUACAAUGUUGAAAAGAUGGUCGGUUUAGGCGUCGGACGAAGGCUGGAUUUAAAAGACGUCACCAAAGACAGCGUUUUCGAAACCGUACAGACAGUUCUGGAAGAUAAGAGCUACCAGGAGAACAUGAAGCACUUCUCUACCAUCUAUCGGGAGCACCAGAGCACGUCCCUGGAGAGGGCGGUGUGGUGGGUGGAGUACGUGAUCCGCCACCAGGGGGCGCCUCACCUGCGCAGCACAGCCCUCGACCUGCACUGGUGGCAGCUGCUGCUGCUCGACGUUAUUGCCUUCAUACUGGCUGUGGCGGCCGUCGCGGCGUUUCUCCUCUACAAGCUGACUCGAUGGCUGAUCACGUGGCUCACUCGACCCAGUAAACUAAAGAAUCAAUGA